UUAUUUUUAUUUUUAUAAUUCUCUUUGGGGUAGUCGCUGCAUUUUCAUUCUGUUAAUUCCGAUUAGGGUUCUUCCAAUUCCGAUUAGGGACAUGGACUUCAUCCAGAGCCGCGUGGAGCCAUGGAUCAGGGACCAGCAAGCGAAGCUUCUCAAGGUGUCGUGGGGCCCACUCCAAUGGCGGAUGAAGUGGCCAUGGACAAGCCACAGCGAGCAGAAGAAGCGGAUUAAGGAGGAGUACGAGCGACGGAGGAAGCAGCUUCAGGAUCUCUGUCGAGCACUCAAGGCCGAAUCAAUAUCCGAUUUGCAGGAUCUUCUCUGUUGCAUGGUUCUCUCCGAGUGCGUUUACAAGAGACCUGCUGCUGAGCUGAUUCGAGCUGUAAAUAAAUUUAAGGCUGAUUUUGGAGGACAAGUUGUUGCUUUGGAGCGGGUGCAACCUUCAUCAGAUCAUGUUCCUCAUAGGUAUUUGUUGGCAGAGGCAGGAGACACAUUAUUUGCUUCCUUUAUAGGAACAAAGCAGUACAAGGAUGUAAUUGCUGAUGCAAAUAUACUUCAAGGUGCAAUCUUUCAUGAGGAUGCUAGUGAGGAAUCUGAAGGAGAUGCAGCAACUGAAUCUGAUAAGGGUGAAAACAAAAAUGGAAAAGAAUAUAUGUGGAAUCCUCUAGAAUCAAGGUCUAAACAACGGAAUAGUAAAUACAAACCUGCUGCUCAUAGGGGUUUCAUGGCUCGUGCUAAAGGAAUACCUGCUUUAGAAUUGUAUAGGCUUGCUCAAAAGAAGAAACGCAAGCUUGUUUUAUGUGGCCAUUCACUUGGUGGAGCAGUUGCUGCAUUAGCUACUCUUGCCAUUUUGAGAGUAAUUGCUGCUUCAUCGUCAUCAAAGGAAAAUGAGAAUGUCCCUAUUAAAUGUAUUACAUUUUCUCAACCUGCAGUUGGAAAUGCUGCUUUGAAGGACUAUGUUAAUAGAAAAGGUUGGCAGCAUUAUUUCAAGAGUUACUGCAUCCCGGAGGAUUUGGUUCCCCGUAUUUUAUCUCCUGCUUAUUUUCACCAUUAUAAUGCUCAGCCACCGCCAAUGCCUUCUGAAAAUGCAACUAACAAAUUGUUGGGUAAACAUGAUCAAGAGGUAAGGAAGCCGAAAGAGAAUGAUGGAGAGCAAUUGGUUUUGGGGGUAGGUCCUGUGCAGAGAUCCUUCUGGAGACUCUCAAGGCUAGUUCCUUUACAAGGGUUACGAAGACAAUUUAGCAAACACCUAGAAGGACGAAUUAGUUCUGUUGAAACAAAUUCAUUGCGUGAUUCUCUUGCUAAUACUUUGAUUGAGGAGGACGUGGUUGAAGCACAGUCACUUGAAAUACAAGAGGGUUCUGAUGGCAUAUCACUCGAGCCUUUUCCGGAAACUGAUAAAGAAUCAUCGGAGGUGACAGCAAAUGGGAAAACAGCUACAAAGAGCAAUGCCAUGACUGUAGAUCAAGAGAAAUGGCACAGAGUGCCUUAUUUACCUUCAUAUGUGCCAUUCGGACAGCAGCUUUAUUUGCUGGAAAAUUCCUCUGUAGAGUCAUUAUCAGGAGCAGAGUACUCAAAGUUGACAUCGGUCAGAUCAGUUAUUGCUGAAUUGAGGGAAAGAUUUCAAUCGCAUUCAAUGAAAUCAUAUCGGUCUCGAUUUCAGAGAAUUUAUGACUUGUGUAUGAGUGAUAAUACAUCAGCUUUCUUAGGGAUUGAUCAAUGGCAACAGUUUCCUCAUCUACAGCAAUGGCUUGGCCUUGCAGCUGCAGGGACUGUGAAGCUUGGGCAUAUAGUAGAGUCUCCUGUUAUUCGUACUGCAACUUCAAUUGUUCCUCUGGGAUGGAAUGGUGGGCCUGGAGCAAAAAAUGGAGAACCUCUGAAAGUUGAUAUUACGGGUUUUGGGUUGCAUCUCUGUACACUCGUUCAUGCUCAAGUGAAUGGUAACUGGUGUUCAACUACAGUUGAAUCCUUUCCUUCUCCACCAAAUUAUUGUUCAAAUCAAGAAAUCCAGCAUGAAUUACAGAAGAUGAGAAUUUUAGUGGGUGGCCCGCUAAGAAGGCCUCCAAAGCAUCAAACUCUGUUAGAUUCAUUGAUGUCUCCUUUUACUUCUGUUGAUUCAGAGACUGCUAGUAGUUCAGCACCUGGUGACAAGGAUAAAUUCAUCCGACCGGAAAGUUUAAAUAACUUCAUAAUAUUCUGCACCAGUGAUUUCACAACUGUAUCCAAAGAGGUUCACAUGAGAACCCGCAGAGUACGAUUAGUUGGGCUGGAGGGAGCUGGUAAAACUACUCUUUUAAAGGCAAUCUUGAAUAAAUGUAAACCGAAUACUGCCACCACUGAGAAUGUGGUUUCAGAGGUUGAUGUGCAAGAAGGCAUUGCUGAUGGUUUGUGCUAUUGUGACUCUGCUGGAGUAAAUAUGCAGCAACUGAAAAUGGAAACCUCUCGCUUCAGGGAUGAACUAUGGCUUGGGAUUCGAGAUCUAAGUAGGAAAACAGAUUUGAUUGUUCUUGUUCAUAACCUAUCCCAUAGCAUACCUCGAUAUAGUAAUUCAAAUGGUACUCAAGAAAGGCCAGUCCUCACACUUUUCCUGGAUGAAGCUAAGUCUCUUGGAAUUCCUUGGGUUCUUGCAAUAACAAACAAAUUUGCAGUAAGUGCACAUCAUCAAAAAGCAGCAAUUGAUGCUGCUCUGAAAGCUUAUGAAGCAUCUCCUAGCUCAACGGAAGUUAUAAAUUCUUGUCCGUAUGUUAUGCCUGGUUUUGCUGGGGCUUCUCUUUCAUGGGAUGCAACCAAUGCUGAUUCUAAUAGAUGGGUGGAUGCUCAAAAGCUUAUGUUUGCUCCUAUUAACUUCGUUAGGAGACCUUUCCAGAAAAAGGAGAUUGUUCUUCCCGUUGAAGGUGUGAACUCUCUUUGUCAGCAAAUCCAUCGUGUUCUUCGCAGUCAUGAGGAGUCUUCUUUUCAGGAACUUGCGAGAGAUAGACUAGUGAUGGAGUUGACACGAGAACAAGCACUGUCAAUUAAUGGAAGUAGAGAUGCUCGGGCUAAGGUAACUUCAUUGAAUUCUGCUGCUGUGGGUGCAUCUAUUGGGGCUGGUCUUGGCCUUGUACUGGCAAUUGUAAUGGGAGCAGCAUCUGCCCUGAGGAAACCCUAAGGACCAAAUUCCUCUCUUAUAACUGACAUGGAGUUUGCCCAAUGGGAGUUGGAUUUCAAUUUUUAUUUUUUUUUAUUAGGAUUUCAUUCUUUUCUUAGAUAACAGAUAGAAGAAAUUUAUGAAGUGCAGUGUCACACUAGCAACAUAUGAGUGCUCAAUUAGUUUAUUUAAUUUUUAGCUCCUUGAGUUUUAUGUCUGUACCGUUGCCAGACUUGUUAUGAAAUUAAAUUAGAAAGGA